AUUUGAUUUUGGUUGGUUGGUCUAAUGCUGGCGACAGGCUGUCAGCAACAAAGUUCCACUCUCUCUCCCCCCUUACCUUCCGUUGGUUCCCCUUUUUCUCUCUCUUGUUCCUCCUCCAACUCCUCCUCCUCCUCCUCCUAGGUUUUUCAAUUUCCCCUUUCCAUUUUUUCAAUCUGAUUUCGUUUCUUCCCAACGAACGAACGAGAUCCACAACUAUUUCACGCCCUCCUGUGGUUUAGUUGGCUAGCAACUUGGACUUUGGAGACGUAAUAACCUAGUCCUUUGCAUUGGUAUGUGGUAAUUUCGCACAAGAAUUCAUUUACACGCAGAGUCCUUGAUUGGUUUACGAUGGGCCAUUGCAGUUUCACCAAUUGCUAGGUGUUUGCUCUUUUUUUCCGGAAAGGGUUAUCUUUGAAACUGAUUCCAGAUUUCGUUAUAAAUGUGACUGGAAGUAUAAGUUAGCAGGGGCUUUGGUGUAACAUCCAUGCUGGCAGAGAGCAUGCGUGGAAUCUAUUUUUUGGGUAAUGCCCCUGACAAGUGUACUUGCUGAUGCACUCGGUGUGGUUACAAUUUGUCUCGUUGCUGUUUUAGGUCUCAUUGGUUUGCUUUGCAUCUUGUACUCGUUCUAUUUCCGAGACCACAUUCGUAGUCAAAGUCAAACCCAACUCAGAUACUUCAGUGGCCCGUGGGUUGUUAGAAUAAUCUUCAUCUUAUUCGCAAUCUGGUGGGGUUUUGGAGAGAUUUUACGACUAGAAUUUCUGAGGCGUGACGGUCGGGUGUUAAAUACUCUUGAUUUAAAAUGGCAGGAAACCGUUUGCAAAUGCUACAUCGUCUCAAACCUAGGAUUUUCAGAACCGUGUCUAUUCCUAACCCUCAUUUUUCUUCUUCGUGCUUCGUUACAGAAAACAGAGUCUGGCCCGUUAAGCCUGAAAUGGAACUUCAGAACAGUGAUGUACAUUCUUCUAUGUGCGUUACCGCUCUUUGCUCUUCAAAUGACAGUUGUCUUAGUCGGACCGAACUUCGAGACGGAUUUACACAUGAACAAAAAAGGCUACUUUUUCAAGACCACAGAGGACUUAAAUAAUGUCGCUCGAUGCUACUACCCUUUAUUAAGCACCAUGUUUCUUGGUCUUUUUGCUACCAUCCUGACACUUUAUUUGUUCUGGCUCGGUAGUCGAAUACUAUUUCUGGUCAUCAAUAAGGGUUUGAAAAAGAGGGUGUACACAUUGAUAUUUUUUGUUUCUGGUUUUUAUCCGUUACGGGUCUUGUUACUCGGUUUAUCCGUUCUAUUCACUCCGGGAGAUGCUGUGUUUGAAGUUGUUGCAUUCUUGGCUUUUCUUUCUCUUUUAUGUUGUGUUGGGGUCGGGAUUUGCGUACUUGUUUACUUCCCGAUUGCAGACUCUUUAGCUUUGAAGAAUCUGCAAGAUAUGGAGGCAACAAGAAGGAUUAUCGGGGAACAUAAUGACACUUUGUCACUAAUCGCUAACCAUGUCCCGCUUGAUGAUUUUACCGCGAGCAGUGGGAGAAACUCGUCGACAAAAUGUGGGUCAAUUUCUUUUCGAGCAAUGGAACCAGACGAGCAACACGUGGACCAACAUCGGUUUGUCGAGUUGAGUCUUUUUUCUCCUAGUCAACACUCGACCCCAGCUGGUUCGCCUCAGCUUCAUGGGUGGCCUACUACAGUCCCUUCGAGGUCAGAGCAAUGAAGCAUAUGAUGGUGAAUCAACAACACAUGUCAACUCAUUUUUGUGGUAAACAUCAGUUUGUAAAGGUCUUAGGUUUAAUAAGAAUUGUUGCUAUUUUUGGUUUUGUAUUUUUUAAUGUUUAUUUUUGGUAGAACUGAUCUGUAUCUCAUCAUGUUAUACUUUUAUAACCUGUACAAUUUCGUUUGCUUCACGUACUUGAUUGAAUGGUUGUUUUUAAACA